GUUCACUUGAUCACCCCGAUCUUACUCAAGCCUUAUUCUCGAAAAUAGCCUGGUCGGUUGACUGUAGUAUGGCCCUACACUGGCAUCCCAAUUGGCACCGUGGUCCUUGGGCAGGUGCACGCAUAGAUAUCGCGUCACUCAGCGACAUUGAGGGGAUUGAAGAAUGGAAAGACGUAACCGAGGAGACCUUCCGAGAUGUCUGGAAGGUAACGCUACAAGCUGAACGGUUGAUUGAAGAAGACUGCAAAUGUAAGCUUUGCGGUAUCUAUAAUCAGAUGCGCAUAGACGACGAGUACAAAGGUGCCAGAAAAGGAGAUCAAGACAUCAAGAAUACUCAAAGGGCACAAUUCAGCAAAUGGGAUGAACCGCAUUGUACAGAAAAACAAGAAAAAGAGCUGAUCAAUCUGGUAAGAUCCCAGGAAACUUGCACCAUUAUCGACAAACUUCCGUCCAAUCACCUUUGCAAGAGCCUAUCGCUGUUCGAGAGGCUUCCAUACGAGAUUACAGACCUUAUAUUUUUCCACGUGCCUAGAAACUCUCUCCCGGCCUGUGCUAUAGCCAGUACUCGAAUGAAUUCUGCAGUUUUGGUAUCUCUUUAUGCCACAGUAAACCUGGAUUUGCCUCAUCUCACUCAUAGGUUUGCAGAGACUUUGAUACGUCGCCCAUUUCUCUGCCACUAUGUGCGUGAUUUGACUAUCGCAGUUUCACCUCAUUGGAAGUCCGUGAGGGUAUUGCAUGAUAUCCUGAUACAGCUUCCAUGUCUUGUUUCCCUCCACACCUUGCCAAGCUGGAUCACAUACGGAGAUUUGCCUUAUUGGGAGUAUCCAUUCAAACUUCAAAAUAUCAAGUGGGGAUUGAUCAAAGAUAAAGCAUCCCAAAAGUUUAUCAUGUCGCAUUCCGACACCCUAAAAGAGAUCAACUAUAUGAAACUGAACCAGGAUUUCCUGUGA